ACUUAAUUUGUGACAGGAUUCUAUUACGCCAUUUAAAUUUUGGUUUGGAGAUGCCGGUAGACCAGACUCAGAAAAAUUGGAUUGAUCAUAUAAUAAAUAGAAAUAGAAAAUAUAAUAACAAUACAACCAGAACAAAUUAUGCCACUGCAGAUACCGAUAUUCAUUCUUCGGAUUUAUAUGCACCCACGCCUUCCAAUCCACAAUUUGCAUCUACCAAUAGCAAUUUAAUAAUAGCGACACCCUUGUUUGCAAAUAAAUCCGUUCCUAAUUUAAAUCAAGCAUACCAAGAAACCCCUUUGGUGACUCAUAGUUCGGCAAUUCUUCUGGCUAAAUUGGACAGGCGCAUCGACGAAAAUCUCUAUCAAAAAAUCUUGAGAAGAGCUAAGGGAGAGUUUGAAGACAAAUGGAAUAAGCAUAUACCUUCCCCCAUAGGAAAACUAGAAGAUUUUUAUUUGAAGAGAACAUUGGGCCAAGGUUCUUUCGGCCGGGUUGUACACGUAAUAUAUAAAAGUACAGGUAAAUCAUACGCGAUAAAAAUGCUCAAAAAAAGUAGUAUAGUUAAAAAGCAGCAGAUUCAGCAAGUGAAUAUGGAAAAGAAAAUUUUGUCUGCUAUCGAUUUUCCAUUCCUAAAUAAACUUAUAUAUUCCUUCCAGGAUAGCUCAAAUCUUUAUUUAGUAUUGCAACUAAUAUCCGGAGGGGAAAUGUAUUAUCACCUCAGAAAAAUAGGUAGAUUCAGCGAAAGUUUAUCCAAAUUUUACGCUUGUCAAGUCGUACUUUCUCUCGAAUAUCUACACACUCUGGAUCUCGCUUACCGAGAUCUGAAACCAGAAAAUAUUUUAUUAGAUCAUCGCGGUUAUAUCAAAAUUGUAGAUUUCGGAUUCACCAAACGUGUGAAAAAUAGGACUUUUACUUUCUGUGGAACACCGGAUUACAUGGCUCCAGAAGUCAUAUCUAACAAAAGCGGUUAUGGUAAAGAAGUUGACUGGUGGGGUUUAGGAGUAUUAAUUUAUGAAAUGACAACUGGCACUGCACCAUUUUCUCCUACAGGCCCAGGAAUCGGUCCAGGUGGUGGGUUCAUGAUGUUAGGUACCAGUAGCGAAAAUACAAUGUCAAACAUUUUGAAAGGUAACUACAAAAUCCCUAAAUAUUUAGCUGGGUCCAAAGUGGCUGAUAUUAUAAAAAAUCUUCUUCAAGUGAAUCCAUUUUUAAGGUUGGGAGUCUUGGAAUUUGAUGCCAGGGAUGUUGUACACCAUCCAUGGUUCGAUAACAUAAAUUGGAUGAACGUUUAUCGCAAAACAAUUUUGCCAGAUUUCAGACCGUGUACUGGCCCAUUAGAUUUACGAAAUUUCAAAUACAUCCCGAACGAAAAACCGAUCGAGAUUUCCGAAGUCAUGGAAUAUCCUAAAUUGUUUACAGAUUUUUGA